ACAGGUGGCCGUUUUGGGCGAUCUACCGCGCAACACGUUACCGUCGUCAUGCCUCACCUUUCGCUCUCCUUUCUCUCUCCUCUUCCUCCUCCCUCACGUCCCUCUACCACUCAUCUGCGACUCCACCGGAGCAGAAUCUCUCCUCGCUGCGUUAGAAUUGAAUCUUCUGAUCCUUUACUCUCCUCGUCUUCAUCUUCCAAGCAGCCGACAGUUGUCGUCACCAGAGAACGCGGCAAGAACGGCAAACUCAUCAAGGCUUUGGCAAUACAUGGGAUUGAUUGUCUUGAGCUUCCUCUCAUACAACACACACACCUACCUGAUUUGGAUAGACUUCCUUCGGUGUUGAGUCAAAACACCUUUGACUGGAUUGUCAUAACUUCACCAGAGGCUGGUCUGGUUUUUCUUGAUGCUUGGAAGGUUGCUGGAACCCCAAAUGUCAGAAUUGCUGUUGUUGGGGCUGGUACAGCUAGCAUAUUUGAUGAAGUUACUCAAUCGUCAAAGCAGUACCUUGAUGUUGCCUUUGCACCAUCCAAAGCGACUGGUAAGGUUUUAGCUUUAGAGCUUCCUAAGCAUGAGAAUAAAAGAUGUACUGUUCUAUAUCCUGCUUCAGCAAAAGCCAGUGGUGAGAUUGAGGAAGGCCUUUCAAAGCGUGGAUUUGAGGUUACUCGGUUGAAUACAUACACUACGGCACCCAUCCAACAUGUUGAUGAGGCACUUCUUAAAAUAGCACUAUGUGCUCCUGUUGUUGCAGUAGCAUCACCUUCUGCCAUUCGUGCAUGGGCUAAUUUUGUUCCAGCAUUGGAAGAGUGUGGCAAUGCAAUAGCAUGCAUCGGUGAAACAACUGCUUUGGCAGCUAAAAGACUAGGACUGAGGAAUGUGUAUUAUCCGGAAAAUCCUGGUCUUGAUGGGUGGGUUGAUAGCAUUCUUGAGGCCCUGGGAGUCCUUGAGAAAAUGCAGAGUGUAUAAAAAAUUAAAUGUUGUAUCUUCUGUGUUCCUAGAUGUUUAUCUGGCAGGGAGUUUGCUGACGAGGCAAUAAAAGCAUUGGCUGGAAUAAUGUUUUUCAGGAUAUCUUCAGCUGUAUAUAUAUGUUUCAGCAGGUCAUUCUGCUGCGCGAGUGCAGAUAUCCCACGUGGUUCUCUCGAGUUCUAACUGAAAUGUCGCUUGCUUGACCAUGUACAAUUGAAUGUCUAGAUCUGUAUGCAGUUAAACUUUAGGAUAGUUCCUUCUUUAUCUUCUGAAAAAUCAUGUUCAGUGUCUUCCACCUAUUUGGCAUCAGUUGCCUUCUUGUAGCUGAUAUUUUAGCCUCUCAAUUCUAUAUCAUAUAUAUAUAUUUUUUUA